AUGGCCUUCUCUACUCUCCUCAGAUCCGCCGCCACUUCCGCCAUCGUUUCUCGUACCGAGCUUUAUCAAUCGCCGUCGUACGAUCAUUAUCAGGUCACGUCAAUUCUUGGAUUCAGUCACAACCUGACCCCGUCCAGAUUUUCUGGUGCUGCUGUUUCUACUGGCAAGUGCAAUGCAAGAACCGUUCAACCCAUUAAGGCAACAGCUACAGAAGCACCUCCUGGUGUUCUGAUGGAGUUCAAGGAGCAGUGGAAAGACCAAGGUCGGCAUCAAUGGUUGGUCCUACGCAUCGCAACUUACAGAGAUGAUAUUGAGGUUGUAGCAGUCAACGACCCAUUUAUAGACGCUAAGUACAUGGCUUACAUGUUCAAGUAUGAUUCUACUCAUGGAAAUUACAAAGGAACCAUCAAUGUAGUUGAUGAUUCCACUUUGGAGAUCAAUGGAAAACAGGUCAAAGUUGUCAGCAAGAUAGGCCCAGCUGAAAUCCCGUGGGCUGAUCUUGGAGCUGAGUAUGUUGUUGAGUCCUCGGGAGUAUUUACCACUGUUGCAAAAGCUUCAUCACAUUUGAAGGGUGGCGCCAAGAAAGUCAUAAUUUCUGCCCCUUCAGCGGACGCACCCAUGUUUGUUGUUGGAGUAAAUGAGAAAACAUACAAACCAAACAUGGAUAUUGUGUCUAACGCAAGCUGUACCACCAAUUGUCUUGCACCUCUUGCCAAGGUAGUACAUGAGGAAUUUGGUAUUCUUGAAGGCUUGAUGACAACAGUCCACGCAACCACAGCUACUCAGAAAACUGUGGAUGGCCCAUCAAGGAAGGACUGGAGAGGAGGCCGAGGUGCCAGUCAAAACAUCAUUCCUAGCUCAACCGGCGCUGCAAAGGCUGUUGGUAAGGUUCUUCCAGAACUCAAUGGAAGACUUACGGGAAUGGCUUUCCGUGUCCCAACAGCAAAUGUUUCUGUUGUGGAUUUGACUUGUCGACUUGAGAGGGAUGCAUCUUACGAAGACGUUAAGGCAGCCAUAAAGUUUGCCUCAGAAGGACCGCUUAGGGGCAUUCUUGGGUAUACAGAAGAAGAUGUAGUCUCUAACGAUUUUGUUGGAGAUUCAAGGUCAAGUAUCUUCGAUGCCAAUGCUGGGAUUGGAUUAAGCAAGUCCUUCAUGAAAUUUGUCUCCUGGUAUGACAACGGAUGGGGUUACAGCAACCGAGUCCUUGACCUGAUAGAGCACAUGACGUUAGUUGCAGGCUGCCGCUAA